CCACCAAAGAGCAGGAGUGAGAGAGAGAAAGACACCCAUUUACAGCUUUACUGCCUUGUUGAGUCCGUCAGAUUACUCUCACUGCCACCUCUAUCUUAUCCUCUCACUUUCUUUCUCUUAGUAGUCUUUUUGAAACAUUCUCUUACACAGACACACAGGCUCUCACUGAAAUAGAUUCAUUCAACUCAGCUCAUUCACAGGCACAGGUCAGGCAGCCUCACAUUUCACCUUGCUCUGCCCCUGGCUGAGAGGAGAGAGCCCUGCAAGGUGCAACCAUCACACAGGACACAGGAUCCCACAUCUAUAUCAGCUUGGACUGAGGGACCUUGGUACUCCAGGACAAUCUAACAAGACUGAGACAUUUCUUUGGGAUGGAAUUGCAAAGUUCUCAUUCAUCAUUCUGAAGAGCAAGACCAACAGACAGCUGUUUAAAAGACUAGAGUGAUACACUUGAGUUUUAAAUUGUUUACUUAGGAUUUUUUUAACCCUCUAUUCCCAUUCUUCUGCCUAUGGGUUCUGCGUGAGGCAGAAAACCCAGCGAAUACCAGCAUCAUGCCGACUACUUCUGCAAGGUGCACCUUGGGAGUCUGACCCAUCAUGUUUAAAUGGACACCUACUACCGUUGGUCUCCACUCUGACCUCACCUUUGCCGGCUCAGCCCUCCCUUCUUAUCCUUUUCCCUUGUUAUGCCUAUCCCUGCUCUUUCUGGCUUGCUCCUCUCUUGGAGUUUGCCCACCUGCACUGGGGCAUGAGCCCCUUCAUGUGCUGGCACAAGGCACAAACUGCUCGUGGACACUGGAGCGGCACACGCGCAGCUACAACCACCUCGAGGGUGACGUCCGCCUUCGGCGCCUCUAUUCCGCCAACAAGUUCUUUCUCUGCAUCGACAAGACAGGCAAAGUGGAUGGCACCCGUCGGAAGAAUUACCCUGACAGUCUGAUGGAAAUCCGAUCUGUCAGUGUGGGAGUUGUCGCCAUCAAAUCUGUCAGCACCGGCCUGUACUUAGCUAUGUCCAAAAAGGGAACGCUCUUCGGAUCGGUCAGAUACAGUCCCAGCUGCAAGUUCAAAGAGCGCAUUGAAGAGAAUGGCUAUAACACCUACGCCUCCCUGCGCUGGAAGCACAGGGGGAGGCAGAUGUUUGUGUCGCUGAACGGCCGAGGGAAACCCCGCAGAGGCCACAAAGCUAGACGAAGACACCCAUCUACUCAUUUCCUUCCUAUGCUGGCCACAUAGCUGGACUGUUCAUCAUGAGCAAUGCUAUGCCAUCUGCAUUUGAUUGGGACUUAUUAAAUGUUAUUAAGUUUGUCUUUUUUUUGUCCCUGAGUACUGUCGCACAGUACAUUAACUUAUUACUCUGGCUCAGCUUAAGACCCAGUACAGUUUAAAGCAAGAGUGUUAAUAUGAUGUAUAUACAGGUUACGUAUUAAUGUUAUUGUUGGGUUAAAUAGGCAUUUACUGUGUCUAUCUGUUAUACUAUUAUGACAGAUUUCUGACUGACAUUACCAACCUAGUCUUAUUGUGUAAAAACAUACUGUACAUAAAAUUCACUGCAGUUUCCAGCUGAAAUGAACACUAGCGACAGUAAAAUGGCAACACUUUUAUUCCUUUUGACACAAAUUAUGAUUAUACAGAAUUCUGUACAUAAUAAAAGACUCUUCUCAUCUUAAGACAAAGAAACUCUCAAAACAACUUUGACCACAUUGUAUGUAUCAUGGUUUCUACAAAAAUAUUAAGCAGCACAAUAAUGAGAAAUGUUUUUGAAGCAUAACAUCUGCAUAUUAAAUUGAUUCUGAAGGAUCAUGGAACAAAACUAAUGGCUGGUGAAAAUUCAGCAAUAAAUCACAUUUUAAAUAUACUAAAAUAUAGAAAACGGUAGUGGUUGUCAAUACUGUUUGCAUAUAAGUUCAGCAUUGGUGAGCAUAAGACAUGAAAAAAAAAUAUAAACAGUAGUGUGUAUGUUAAAAUAUGUGAACACUGAACACAUGACCUCAGAGUGUAGUGUAGAAAACGUUGAAAUGUCAUGGUUGUUUCGGUGUAGUUAGAAUCUCACACUUGCUUUUUGCUCACACUGUUGGAAGGGUUUAGUGUAGGGGAUCUGUUUUCUUCAUUUCGCAGUCAAUAGAGAAUUAAACUUUUAGCGUCACUCACUUGAAAUUUCAUUGCCGCGAUAUGUCUGUAGGAACCGGUAGUGGCUAGAGGGGAUACCAUUAAAACCAGAAGCUAACAAUAAAUGUAAUCUUCUACCUAAUAGAUUUAGUUAGUUUUAACACCUAUUAGUGUUUUAUUAACAACUACACCAACCACUUACAAUAAUGCAAAAACAGUAAUUAUUGUUGUACAUUGUGACAAGACUUAUGCAUUAUUGAUGUGUGCAUGCCCAGUAGAUGAAUCUGUAUAACAUCUAGCGUUUUAAACCGUAGGAACCAGUGAACUGUGUCACGUUCGUUUGUUACAGUGAAAACUAAACAUGCCAUUUCACUUGGGAACUGCAGUGAUACACAUAAAAUGCAAUAUUGUUUUGAAAAACUGCCACCAUGGGCAUUUUUUUUUUCUUUUCACGAGACUGGACUGGACAUCACAGUUGGUGACAAACAAAAACAAAAUAACAACAACCGCAACAACAAGAAAACAUCCAUAACAAACUGUUGCAUCUUGACAUACGAACUUGGCAGCUACAGUAUCAGUAUGAAAGUCAUUUAAGUUGAGAAAAAAUUGUGACUAAUUGUGAAAAUGUAAAAAUCGCUAAUUCAUUUCUCGUAAUUGGAAUGGUGUAUCAUCAAGAUUCACACAUAUUACCCUGCUAGCAUGCACUGUAAAGACCAAUAAUGCAAAAUAGAAGAGCAUACAACAUCACAGACAGAUAAAAAAGAUCGCAAAUGCAAAUAGAUUAAGUACUCAUAUCAACUUUUAGCAUAACAAACUUCCUGUAACGCUCUGAAAAGCUGUUUUAUACCCAUGUGUUCUUACUGUCACUUAAACAUGUUUUCUUUUCACUUGCUUGUCGUU